GGCUGCUGCAGGCGCGGCUGCUGGUCCCUGAGCCGCCGUCGCUCCCCGCGUCCUCCCCUCCCCACCCUCGCCCGCCUGCCAUGGACGGGCCCGCGGAGCCCCGGCCCCCGGCCCUGUGGGGCACCUACGAGAACAACAUCUCGGAAAUCAGCCAGAAGUUGUCAGGCGAAUAUUUCCGGUACAAAGGCGUCCCCUUCCCCGUGGGCAUCUACUCGCCCGAGAGCAUCAGCAUCACGGAGAACGCCGAGGUGCAGGACGACGACAUCUUCAUCGUCACCUACCCCAAGUCAGGCACCAAUUGGAUGAUCGAGAUCCUCAGCUUAAUCAUAAAGGACGGAGACCCCUCCUGGAUCCGCUCGGUGCCCAUCUGGAAGCGGGCGCCCUGGUGUGAGACCAUCAUGGGUGCCUUCAGCCUCUCGGACCUGUCCAGCCCCCGCCUCAUGAGUUCCCACCUCCCCAUCCAGCUCUUCACAAAGGCCUUCUUCAACUCCAAGGCCAAGGUGAUUUACAUGGGCCGGAACCCCCGGGAUGUGGCGGUGUCGCUCUAUCAUUACUCCAAGAUCGCCGGGCAGUUGAAGGACCCCGGCACACCCGACCAGUUCCUACAGAACUUCCUCAAGGGCGAAGUGCAGUUCGGCUCCUGGUUCGACCACAUUAAAGGCUGGAUUCGGAUGCAGGGCAAAGAGAACUUCCUGUUUAUCACCUACGAGGAGCUGCAGGAGGAUCUCCCCGGCUCCGUGCAGCGCGUCUGCCAGUUCCUGGGCCGGCCGCUGGGCGAGGAGGCGCUGGGCUCCGUCGUGGCACACUCGGCCUUCAAUGCCAUGAAGGCCAAUGCCAUGUCCAACUUCAGUCUGCUGCCCCCCAGCCUGCUGGACCAGCGCCACGGUGCCUUCCUCCGGAAAGGGGUCUGCGGAGACUGGAAGAACCACUUUACGGUGGCGCAGAGCGAGGCCUUCGACCGUGUCUACCGCGAGCAGAUGCGGGGGAUGCCCACCUUCCCCUGGGACGAGGACCCCGAGGAGGCCAGUCCGGACCCCGACCCCAGCCCAGCCCAGGCCUCCGAGCACCCCCAUCCGUGA